GCCUCUCACGGAGCAGCGUAGAAAUUUUCCCCUCUGUACUUCAGAUGGACGAGAAACACGGACGUGUAAGGAGCAGUAUCUACUCCGGUCCGCAAUAAGCCGCUCUUCACUUGUAAAUAUCUAUAUGUAGCAGGCUUCUUUGCGACACUUCACUAUUUUCACCAAACUGAAUUCUCGAACUGCUUUUCCGAGAUGGUUCUGGGAGCUGUUGCUGUUAUUGUGGUGGUACCAGCUGGAAUCCUUUAAUGUUAUACCUGCAACAGAAAAGGUGCUUUCUUCAUACUUUAGAACCACUGAGGUAUUUGACCGGUGGUUAACAAAAACUGUGAUUUUGGUUUUCUUUGAGAUGCUCAGAUAUUUAACGCACAAACUUCGCACACAGUCUUUGAAUGAAAGUGAAAUCUACCAUGUCAAGACAGACGAUGAUCGAGAUUCUGGGACCGAGUCAGAUGAUGAAGGUGCUGAAAUUGAAGAGCUACAAAAAUACAUGGAGAGCAUCAUCCACAUUGACAGCAACCACCACAGUGAGAAACGACGUUCCAAAAGACAUCCACUGCCCCAUCAGGUGACGAACGGGGAUGAGGGUGGAGGUGGUGUUAGCCCCGACCCUCCGCCCAGACGUUACCACCACCAUCACCACAGACGGAGGACGAGCAGCAACCGCUCCCCCGAUGCAGCGGCCUUAGACUCUGCGCUGCCCUCGGACAGCGACCACAACUUUGACCACCACAGCUCCGAAGAGGAGCUGGAGGUGAUCAACAGUACCAGUCCGCGCCUUCAGCAUCCAGCAGCCGAGAAACGUAAGUGGGAUUUUGGCGGUGGUGCUGAUGAUGAGGACGAAGAAAGUCUUUACUUGUGCUGUCCCGUUGAAUUCAGGACUUCGCCCCCCGCCGACGUCCACAAACCGAGCAAGUGUCUGCGCCAGGCGCACAUCCCCCCACACGAGCUGUGUUCGGUGUCCCCCAGGAAAAGGCAUCGCCGGACCCCUACAACCAACGCCAUCCAGCGGCCAUGUCUGGACUUUGAAAAAAUGCAACAGAUCAAUAGGGUACGACUGUUGUGAGGUGAUGUGUUGACCGUCUUCUCUUUCUGCCUUCUUCAACUGUACUUCUCUGAUUCUCUUGUCGUUGUAACGUUCCGCCGCGAUGACGUCAUCCCACCAGGGGACUAUUUUACUCCGCUUCGAAACAGCAACAAGAAAAAAAGAACCCAAAGCCAACUCUUAUGUAUUAAGUGUAUCGCGCGCGUAUGUGUGUUUUUUGAAACAGUUGGCCUGCUGCCGACUCUUAAUCGAACUUCUGACAUUUUUAUACUUUAAUUGUUUUCCAAUUGACUCUCUGCAGUUGGUCAGCUAAUCGGUGAUGACUUCACAAUAACUACAGACCACCGGAUUCUACAAGAUGAAUCCAGGAUUUUAAACACAAUUUGUAGUUAAAAAAAAGUAAACUGGUAAAUUAAAUAUAUACAUCAAAUAAUUAAAUCUACUUGCUAAGCAACUUCAUGAGUACCUGAUGAAUUAAGAUAACAAAGAGCUGCUUGUAUGAAUGGUAUUUGUCCCUUUGGAUGAUAUGAUAAACUAGUCGAUUCCUUUAUAGCGAUUUUUGUUGUUAAUGUCAUAAAUAUAUUUGGUUUUAUGAAUCUAUUUUCUGUUAAGAAAAAAAAAAUCAAUUUUAAAAUAUGUUAUUUCAGUUUAUUGUACUCAUUAUAAGCUGUUGCUGUGUUUAAUAUGUAUCUAUAAGAAUAUUAUUAUGAUAAAAAUGCACUUACAUUACAAAUGACCUUUUCAAUCGGCAAAUUUCUAUGUAAAUUAAUGUCCAAUAUUUUGUUUCGAAAAUGUCGUAAGCUACCGCCAUCUAUCGACGGCUUUAGUAAUAGUACAUUAAAAAAAAUUUUGAUUUAAAAAAAUUUGAUUUCUAAAACAAAAUGAAUGUUUAGAGAAGCAUUAAAAAACAGCUAAAAACGUUUAAAUGCGGGCAUUAAAAUAAUUACAUUGAACAGGUUUUGUAAUGUAAGUGGGUGUUAAGAUAUAUUAAGAUAUACAUUAGCCAUUCAAGGAAUAUUUAUUAUAAAUCUCAAACGUCUAAAUGGCGUCAUUUGAGGACAGUGAUAUUAGUGGAUAUUCCCUGGAUGGCUAGUUAUGAAAUAUAGCAGCACUAGUCUUUCCGAAGAUGGUUAAAUGACGUUUUAAAGAGGUCUUUUAGGCUUCUUGUGUCACAAACCCAUUUGGAGUUUCUUUUGCAACUAUGUACUCUUUAGCAUUUUGUGUCCACUUAUUAUUUAAAGCAUUUUGCUAUUAUGAAGUACCAGUGAUUAACCAAAGGAACAUAGUACACAUUUAGAAGUUUAAAAUACAUAUAAGAAGCUAAUGGACAACCCCAAUAAAGUAUUUUUUCGCAAAAAAUUAACAACUCUAAUUAAACUAGUUUCUUAUUCAUUAAAACCAUAUUACUCGAUUAACCUAAAACUAAAAGGCAUUCCCUGUGCUGAAAUCUGUUCAUUUACGUCUCGAUUUUUAACUUUGUUGGUUUUUUUUAAUCAAAUGAUCAAAAAGACUAAUUGCAUUUUUUAGACUACAAAGCAUAUACAAGGAAAGAAAAUAAUUUUAAACUUCUAUCGAAUGCGUAAAUUAAUUUAACAAGAUUCAGUUCAUAAUCAUUUCUAAUCGACAGUAACAUUUUUCAAACUGUCUCUUCUAAAUUUAACUACUCAUGAGUCAGGAAUUUGAAUUCUUCAUAUCUAAUGUAAAAUAAAACUAUUUUGAAGAUUGAAAAAUAAAUGUAAUUGGUGUAAAAAAAACAACACGAAUACCUUUUAUUUGUAAAGUUUAGGUACUAAUAGUUCAACAACCCAAACGAGCUUUUAAUUUCGUUUUAAACGGGUUCAAAUCAUUACUUUCAGCAUAAGAACGCCAUUCUUAAAAAAAAAAAAUUAUAAAUGUAUAGAUAGAUAUUAGAGACGUUUAGAGUUGAAUGUUUAGAGUAUGUUACAUGAAGUUUUCAGUCAAAUUUUGAUUACUUUCACAUUUAUCACGAAUAUACACAAAACAGUCUUUUUUGUGAUAUUUGUAACGAUGUUAACAAGUGGUCUUAAUUUCCUUGCCUUUGUUUAUUUUUGAUAUUACUGGGGAGAGGAUAUUUUUUGCUUACCGUUGGUAGUGCCUUCUAAUUUGGGGGCUUUUUUUGUAUUCUUCGAUGACAACUGGAAAUGAUUAGUAGAAUUGAUUGGAUAUCAGUGGGAAAAAAAAAGAAGCAAGCUAUAAAUUACUUCAACAACGCAAUAUAUCCACCAUAUAUCUUCUCCCGUUAAGCUUUAUGAUAGUGUUUAGAUGUUAGAAGAUAUAUCUUGGAUUCUUAGCGUGAAGAGGUUAUUGGAUUAAAUAAGAAAAUGGUACAGCGAAACUAAAAAUGUGAUAAACGUCUUGAAGUGAAUGCUGUUGGAUGAUUUAAAAAAAUGAGUGCGUGUUGUUAGUUUGAAAAAGAAAUAUAAAAUUUAAAUUUUUAUUCCUCUAACGUUUUCAUAUUAUCAAGUAUACAAGGUGCACACUAAACCCAGUGUUAAUCCUCUUAACUGCUAAACAGCUGCAGCUAUAGUUACAAAAAAGAUAUUUUGUUAUAGUAAGGUGGUUAUGGUAUAAAGGAUAAAACUUUCUACAGCGCCAUCUGGUGUAGAGUUUGCGUUUCUAUUUCAAAAACUGUUAUAACGUAUGGUAAGGAAGACAAUUUGAAUGUUGUUUAGUAUCAUCGAUUUAGAGCAAAUAGACUCCUUGUAGGUAUAAAUACAUGGAAGAAGUUUUGUUCUCGAAUUCGUACAGUGUGAAGUGACAAAACGAUCUUAUAACGAAAGAAACUUUAUUUUCGAUGUUAAAAAUCAUCUUAAGCUUUUAGCAUUGAAAUUUAAGGUAUCUUUUUAUAGCUAUUGUUAUGUAAGCUUGUUUCACUGCGUCAUUGUGUGAAAAGAAGUGUUUAGAGCAUUCGUUGUUGACUAUCUUUACAGUUUUUCAACAGGUGGCGCUGUGAGGGGUUUCCUCUUUUAGCGGUUAGCUACUGUACUAUGCUUAGACACGACUUUCAUUACUGAAGUUGCUAUCGUUCAACAGUUAAUUGGUUAAUUUAAUGUGCACUUUGUGUUAUAAGUUUAGUUUAACAUAUCUAAGAGUUAUCUUCAAUGAAAAUAUACUCAUUUAUGUUUUAUUUACACAUUAUUUUUAUUCAUCAUCGCAUUUUAUUUUUACCCUCUUGCGCAAAACAUAUUUUUUAAAUAUCUUACUGAAAUCAUAGUUUUAAUUAAUAAUAGUGUUUCACAAAAUAAAUGAAAUAUUUGGCUAUGUUGUUUUAAAAGUAAUUUACAUUAGCAAAUAUUUAUUUAGUAACAUAUUUCUUAAAAAUUUCUUCUUCAGUAUUUUCACCUAACUUUUAUUGACCCUGGCGUGCGUUAAAUGUGAUGAUUGGUUUUAUAAUUAAAAUUAGAAUGAAUCUUCUUAUAAUGUUAUGUUUGGAACGCACAUUUUUGUUUAUUAUAGUUGGUGUUACCUUUUGCCAAAUAUUUUGAAAUGAAAACUGUCUCUAAACAUAUUGCUUAUUUUUUCGAGAUUACACAAGUCGCGCUGGAUCAGUUUUCAUUUUCUAAAGUUUGAUCUCUCUAAUUUUUAUUUUAUAAUAAUUAGAAAAAAGCAAUUACAUUCUAAUUUGAAAAUUCAAAUGGCUUUAUUGGGAAUUGUGUACAGAUUCAAGUGCUUAUGCUAAGAGCUGUUUCUGAACUAAUGUAAAUAAAUCUGUUAUAUUUUUGAAAACUGUAUAGAAUUGUAUAUGAGAUUUGUAGUUUAAGAUGUUUAUUUGUAUGAUCUAGAAUUUCAGAGGCAUCUGAAUUCAUGCUUAAUAGAAAAUGUAAAAUAUUACACCUAUAAGCUUUUUUAUAUUUUUUUCUUUAAAUCAUUUAACGGAAAAAAAGGUUUUGAAAUAAUUUUAGUUGCUAAUUCCGAUUUGAAUUUAUUUUAAUUUUGUAUCAGAUCUUUUUAGGAAAAACAAUGUAACAUAACUUAGUUAUUAUUUACUAAAAUUCGUGAUUAUUUAUAUCAUCAGUUGUGACAAAUUUAAAAAAAUUUAACUACUGUGUUUCAAACUGCUUUAAACUAUUAUACUGUUUUAAACUAUUAUAAUGCUUGGUAUCAAAAAACAUAAUAAAACAAAUAUUAUGUUUACUUUAGUUCGUCAUUAAUUAAAGAUAUAGAAAUAAUUAUUAAAAUUCAUGUUUUGUAACUUAUAAACGUAUUGUGGAUAAUUUAUACGAACAAUAUUACAAAUGUAAAAAUAAUAAAAACAGACAUUAUUAUUAUGUUUGUAACAUUUUUACUUUAAAUAUAUUAUCGUAUUUUACAUAUAUUUUUACUUUAAAAAUAAAUUGAACUUUAAUAUUUAAAAUAUAGCUUUAUUUAUUAAUAAUCACAUUUUAUGAUUAAUUAUUGGCAAUAAAGAGAUUUAAAAAAAUAUUUUUUAUUUAUUUUAAACAUUUAAUUGCUUAAAAUUAACCGAUAAAUAUCCAACAAAAAAUACUGACAUUGUUUUUCCUAAACUAAAGUUACGAUUUUAUUUUAUCAUGAAUAAAAUAACUGUGUUUUACAGUUUAAAAAAACAAACAAACAUUGCAAUGGUAUUUUCUUCAAAUGUUAAUGACCUUAUUGCGUGAACUUAAAAUAUGCAUUCAAAGCAACACAAAUGAAUGCUGAAUACGAAAUUGAGUACUAUUUUGCAAACCCAAAUUUAUUUUGAAUAUUUGCUGUACAUUCCAAUAUAAAAUUUUAUGAAACAUGUCAUAUCUUAUGAGCUAUCUCUGUAACUAAUGUAAUGAAAAAUAUUAUGUCUCACCUUUUAAGUGUGCUGUUGUAAUUUUGGUUGGAAAAGAAUCUUCUAUAGAACUAACGUCAGAGAAAGUUCUAGGAUCGUCGUGUUACAGAUGAUCCAACUUAAACUCGUAUCGAGAACAUCCACAGAAUACACUCCGCUUUUGUUAAUAUUAUUGGCACUCAUUUUCACAACACUAAGAUAUUCUCUUUAUAAAGUCAAAAUUGAGCUUUAUUUUACACAAGUAUUACUUUUAUAACGUUGAACCACGAAAUCUUUCAAAUUUGCUGCAACUUAUUUGUGGCGAAAAGUUUGAAGCAUAUUACUAUACUUUAAGAACUUGUUUAUACGAUGCUAUGAUUCAACUUGAACAGAAACAUGUUUCAAUUUGAUCCGUUAUUAAAGUUUCAGUUAAUUUGCUCCGUAUUAUGCUUCAAGGUACUGAUACUAUUGUUCAACUGAAACAGAAACAUGUUUCAGUUUGAUGCCUUAUUAAAGUUGCAAAAAAUUUGCUCCAAAUUAUACUUCAAUGUACCGAUACUAUGGUGCAACUUGAACGGAAACAAGUUUCUAUUUGAUACCUUAUUAAAGUUGCACCAAAUUUGCUCCUCAUGCUUUUAAGUACCGAUACUAUGAUUCAGCUUCAACGAAAACCUGUCUCAAUUUGAUACCUUGUUAAAAUUGCUGCAAAUGUGCUACGUUUUGUGCUUUAAAAUACUAAAAUGUCAAAUUGAACGACAACGCGAUUCAACUUUUCACCUUAUUGAAGCAGUUGCAAAUUUACAACGUUUUCUGCCGGUUUCAACGUUUUACCGAUGUUUCAAAUAGCUUAAACUUCACUUUGAAUUUCGGAAUGAAAUUUGACCACACUUAUGUUUUGACUUCAGAUAAGUCAAUCUCAACUUCUAACUAGAUAACUUGAAUUACUUUAGUUUCAAAAUUCACUUAGGCGUAAUAAUUUGCAGUAUUUAAUACAUCAAUUUAACUUUUAAUGCCAAUUAAACGGGCAAAAAAUGUACAGUUGUGGAUAUUCUCGAUAUGAUUUCUUUCAGAUAACUGAAUGAGUUUGUUUUAACGUACUCAUAUUAAUCGCUAGAAUUUUAGUUGCAGUAUACUGUUGAUUUAAAAUUCUUAAAGCCUGUGAUAAAACAAUUACAUAGAUUAAAGUGAAACCGCCUCUCCUUAUGUAUUGGUGCUAUGGAGAACUAAGCUCAGGCUUAUAUUCGAAGAAUAUCUCAAAAUGUUCGAAGAAUAUCAUGUAAUGUUAUCGUUUUCUUUUAAAAUCAUGAAAUUUCAGCAGCACAUCUUUAAAGUCAUUACCUUAUAUAUACAUAAACUGUGUGUCCAUUUUUUCCUACAUUGCCUCAGAUUAUGAAAAUGAAGCAGGGAGCAAAAUAUUACUAUAAAAUAUUGUCUAUCACCGUAUUAGCUGGCCAAAUAUGGCGGUUAUGUGUGAGCGUGUACAUUUUCUCGUGUGUAUGUGUGUAUGAACUGUGUGAACGAAAACAAAAGAAAAACACUCUUUUUUUUGGUUCAGUUCUGUUUUUAAUUGUUUUUUAGGUUAUUAUUUUUUUAAAUCCGUCUCGUCCGUUUCAACCACUUCAUUGGUCAACACUCAAAGAACUCUGAUCAAUAUAAAGCCGCUAAGAUGCACAAGUGAUAAGUUUUCUCAGCCCUACCUAAGAAAAUGGAAAAAAAAAUAAAAAUAAAUAAAAAAAAAUAUAUUGCGAAUCAAUAUUGUGGAUUGACGGAUAAACCGUUUUCAUUGCUAAGUCUGCGACAGAUGUAUUGUUAUAUAUAUAUUAUAUAUAAAUAUAUAUAUACAUGUCCGUUCUGGGUCAGUUUAAUGUCACCUGUAGCACUUAGCAAUAUUAAACACAUUCAGUAGUAAAA